AUGUUCAAUUCAGCCGUACUGCGUACACCGUGCUUGCGCUUUGUGCGUCGCGUUCACAAGUGGAUGCUGGAUGUUGAGGGACAUGAUUACCGCACGACUUCGCCCCUAAGCGUCGUUUCAGCUCGACCCGGUUACAUGGAUGCCCGCUUCAGUGUCAAGCCUGAACAUUUGAAUCGCGCUGGAUCCAUGCACGGAGGUGUGGUAAUGACGUUGAUUGACUCUGGUGGCUCUCUUGCGGUGGCCACGAAUGGUUAUCGAAACACGGGUGUGUCCACGGACAUCAACGCAACGUUUGCACGACCUGCCGGUAAGGCCGGCGAUGUGAUCCGAGUUACAAGCGAGAUCAUUAGUAUGGGUAAAACACUUGCAUACACUCGUACGGAACUCCGUGACGUUGACUCAAACGAGUUGCUUGCCUAUGGAAGUCAUACGAAGUAUAUCCGUAUGGGUUCUAAAGCCACGGAUAACGUUAUGUUCGAUAAAACAGGAGAGAAUGUGGUGUCUGGAAAGAUGCCUGAAGGUGCCUAG